AUGUUUAAUAAUAAUAGGCAGCAUCUAUCUAUCUAUCUAUCUAUCUAUCUAUCUAUCUAUCUAUCUAUCUAUCUAUAUAUCUAUCUAUCUAUCUAUAUAUAUAUAUAUAUAUAUAUAUAUAUAUAUUCUUAUCUCAUCUCUUUUUCUUUCAUCUCUUUUUCUUUCUGUUUGUCCGUCUCUCUCUCUCUCUCUCUCUCUCUCUCUCUCUCCCCCUCUCUCUCUCUCUCUCACUCUCUCUCUCUCUUUCUCUCUCUCUUUCUCUCUCACUCUCUCUCUUUUCUCUUUCUCUCUUUCUCUCCUCUCUCUCUCCCUCUCUCCCCUCUCUCUCUUUCUCUCUCUCUUCCUCUCUCACUCUCUCUCUCCUCUCUCUCUUUCUCUCUCUCAUCCCUCUCUCUCCCUCUCUCUCCCUCUCUCUCUCCCUUUCUCUCUCUCUUUCUCCCUCCCUCUCCCUCUCACUCUCUCUUUCUCUCUCCUCUCUCUUUCUCUCUCUCUCUCUUUCUCUCUCACUCUCUCGCUCUUUCUCUCUCCCUCUCUCUCUCACUCUCUCUCUCACUCUCUCUCUUUCUCUUUCUCUUUCUCUCACUCUCCCUUCCCUCUCGCUCUCCCUCCCUCCCUCUCUCUCUCUCUCUCUCUGAUGUCUCCCUUGACUCGGGAUAUUAUUUGCAGGUGCGAUGUUUAGUUCUGCUGCCAGAAAACAAAGAUGUUUAUUCUUUCCCCUCAGUUACGAUAGAAUAUGAGCGCAGAGCAACGGUAGUAGCUUCUUUUCGCGUCGGGAAGAAGCCUGCGGAAUUGAUUGCCUGGUUUGGGUUCAAGACGACCAUGGUCAUGGACAUUUGGCGGAAGUGGAACGCGUGUGAGAACAAGGACGAGUUUACUGCCAAAGGAAAGGCCCACAACGUUCGUUCUUUGGCCGUUAGGACCGACGAGUUCGUCGCCGUGGUCAAGCAGACAGUCGACAAUGAUGGAAGCCAGAGCUACGCCAUGAUUGCCGCUGAUAUGGGCUGUCACAAGUCGACGAUCUGCCGAACGAUCAAGAAAGACAUUUGUUAUUCCUCCUACGGCAAUUCUCACUGCAUGCUCAUCACGAAUGCCUCCAAGGAGACGAGGCAGGUCAAGGCGGCGGCUUUACUGAACACGCUCAAGCACGGGUCCGCCGAGAUGCUGAGGUUCUUCUCUAAUGAAAAGAAUUUCAUUCAGGAUCAGACGAGCAACAGGCAGAAGGACAGGUGGAUCUGCAAAAACAUCGAGGAGGUUCCCGUCUUUAUAAGCAGGCGUCAAUUUACUCUUUCUCUUUCAUGUUUUUUCUCUUCUGCAACUAUCCCGCUUCUCUCUUUUUCUUUCUUUUUCUCCUCUUUCUUCUUUCCUUCUCUUUCCUUUUUCUUUCUCUCUUUUUCUUUCUCUCUUUUUCUUUCUCUUUGUACCUUUUUUCUUUCUCUUUCUAUAAAUUCUUGCUUACCUCCAUCUCAAUCCUCCGCCAUUUCUUAUAGCAUGCAUUCACAUUCUCUCUUUUUUUCUCCCUCCGGCUUUUAUCCUUCACUCUUUUCUCCUCUCCUGUCUUACAUAAACUCACACUUGCUUACACCUUACCCUCUUUCUUUUUCCUGA